AUGUCAUUAGUAUUGGAGAUUACUUGCACCAACUUGAAAUUGGGAUAUCUGGGUACAACCAAGCCCGAUCUUCUAUCGAUAAACUAUGAACAUACCACUUUGAAACCACAGCUACCUCCACAGUAUGAAUUGAAUGACCAUGCAUUGGCAGAGGAAGAUCGUAAGGAGUUGGUAAAGCAAUUGGAUCCUGAGUUACGGAUGUUAUUAGAUGAAUGUGGAAACAUACAGGGCACCUGGUUACAUUUGCGAGAGGAGAAGUUGACAAAGAAAUUAUUGCAAAAGCUUAUAUACAAUGUGUUGUUUCGGAACUCGUACUCUGCCAAGCGCAUCUUUAUAGUAGAUCAUGAUUUUUCUGAAAAAUUGAAGCGAAUAAUUUAUGAAAUAUUCCGAGAGUUACGGGCAAAGUCUAUUAUAUACUUGCCAUUUUCAGUACUUGCAGUACUUGGGAGCGGACUAAGGAGCGGACUAGUUUUGAAUUUUACAUUUGAAGUUUUGAAAAUCCAGUCUGUUAUUGAUUUGAGGGUUGUGGAUCGAAUGGAAGAAAUAAAGGUCAACUGUUUGAACAAGUCAGAGGAACGUUAUUCGCUUAUUGAGGAUCUAAUCAACAAGAUAAUACAGAGGUCGCCUAUUGAUAUACGGCGCUGUUUACGUGAGAAUAUUAUUGUUGUUGGAGACGAGUCAAACGCUAGCCAUGAUAUUGACCUAAGUGAGGAUAGAAAGAGAUUUGAAACGCGAUAUAGUAAAGGGUGUUGGAUAGCAUGCUCGCUUUACUCGCAAGUGACUACAAAAUGGGAAGACUACAAGCCGUAUUAA